CAAACAAAUACAAGUGCUCCAUCUUUCUAAGUGGCGUUCUCCUAGCACUGAACUACUUGCGUCUAAACAUCGUACACAAGAUUAUCACGUGACUUAAGCUUAGCAAGCUCUUCUCUCUGAUGGAAGUCUGAAAACUAAAAAAAGCAAAACGAAUAGUUGGAUAAGAAAGCAAACAAUUAAUGAAUUGAAACGAUGAACUACAGAUCGAUAGUCUUCUUCUCUCGCUCUCACCGCGUUCUUCUCGCCCGGCUAUUCUCGUGAUCGCUUGAUUGCUGGAUCUUUGUCUGUGCUGUCAGGUGAGUGGAACCAAGCACAGCGUUUGAUACACAGGUGCGAAGGCGGUGAGCGCUUUUGGUGGUGACUUCUCUCGUGGACUGGACACUAGUUGAGGUGAAUGACUUAAAGUCCUUGUGGUGGAGGGAGCUGGACUAACUCUUGAAAGGCGCACUAAUGACCAGAGAUGAUGCAUCUUCGUCUGAGUUUCUGUCGCACCAACAUGAUUAGGAGAAAAUGGAAGAAGUUUUUGAAGUUUCUGCUCAGCUCUGUCAUCGUCAGCUUCUUCUUUCUAUUGGUCAUUGCCUCAACUGAACAGAUGUGUCCGCCAGAGGGCUGCGGCCAGCCAGGCGAGUUCAUACAAAAACUCCCUCAAAGAGUGAUCAGACCAAACUCGGAAGUGAAAAGAAUUUUGAGGUGGACUGGAUUCUUUGAUGACGUGACUUGGGAGGAGACAGACGACUCUUAUUUCAGGCCUUGUAAAGUCAAAGAAUGCACGAUGACCAACGACCGGACAUUGUUUGACCAAAGUGAUGCCGUGCUCUUUCACGCAGGUGCUCUAUGGAAUUUCUGGAAAGGAAGCCGCAUGCCAAGCAAGCGUCACGCUUACCAGACCUGGAUUCUGCAUAACAUUGAGCCUCCUCCCAGAGUGCCACUGAAUUUAGUUCCAUUUUACGGAGUUUUUAAUUGGACUGCUUGGUACAGAAGAGAUUCUGAUGUCCCGGUCUCUUACGGAGGUUAUACCAGCCUACCACUUCCGCCCAGCAUCAAAUUUAACAAAUCUUUGAAGACAAAUUGGGCCAAGGAGAAUAACCGCUUCUCAGCAUGGAUGUCCAGCAAUUGUUUUGAUUAUAAUAGGAGGCAGCUGGUCAUCAAAGAACUGAAGUCCUAUUUGGGUCAAGACAUGGACCUGUAUGGCAAGUGUGGCGGCAAGAGAUGCCCGGAGACCAUCUGUUACGACACACUCUCAAACUACAAGUUCUUCUUCGCUUUUGAGAACUGCAACUGCAAGGACUACAUCACGGAGAAGUUCUGGGCUGCACUUCUCAGGCGGCAGGUUCCGGUCGUCUUCGGCGGCAGCUCGUCCUUAGACUACGCCAAAAUCGCCCCACCCUACUCGUACAUCCACGUGAAGGACUUUAAAGACGUGAAGUCGCUGGUGGACUACCUGCGCUACCUCGACCAGAACGAGACGGCCUACAACAAGUACCUGGACUGGACCGUGGACCACGACGUGUACAGCGAGGUGCCGGCCAGGCGGAAGUGGUGGUGUGACCUGUGUGAGGCGCUGCACAACAAGUCCAAGCCGGCCCAGGUGUACACGGAUAUCUCUGGAUGGAUGCAAGAUGACCGGUGUCCACAGUGGUCGCUUGCUAACCAACUGGGUAGAUUGUUGGAUGGAGUCAAGAUAUCAUUAGGACUUCUUUAACUCUUCAGAACAGGUUUUUACUUCCAGAAGUCUGACUCGCUAUUUCUGUCCAACAGGACCUUACUUGCAGCAUACCAAAAUAAAGGGAAUUGAUUGGUUCUCAAGAUGUGUCCAAUUUGUAACUAAUGCACAGCCUGUCAGGAGUCAUGUUUAUUGUUUAUAUAACACACAUUGUUCGUAUAUUGAAUUUGGUUCGACCAAAAUAUAAAAAAUUUCAGUCUUGUUUUCAAUAUCUAGCGUCCGUGUGCCUUAGCGUUAAAUCAUUGAUGCAAUAAAAACUAUAUCCAAUAUGGUGCAGUUGAAUAGAUCUAGUUUGAAUAAUUUAAAACGUAAUAUAACAUGUUGAAUAAAUUUAUAAUUCUAUAUGUCACACUGAAGCCUAGUGUUUUAUACCGUCCUCUGAUAGAGCAAAAGUUUCAAUAUAUAUGUAGAGAAUAUCAUGUCCUACAAGUAUCCUAUAAGGGGUACAGUUGUGCGACAGUCUAACCACAUUUGUUUUUGCCAUUAGAGUUGAGAUUGGGUCACAUGAAACUCUAGCCUAUUGGAAGUUCCCUCAAUCGGCCUGUGUGAACGAUUAAACAAUUGUUUAUAUGGAAGAUGUACCAAGCAGGCGUUAUAAAUGCUUUCUUUUUCGUGCGGGGGGGGGGGAGGUAUGUCACUAAGACAUUUGAAACUAAAGUCGAGACCGAAGACCGAGCAUUCCUAGCAGGUCUCGACGUUUCCUUUGUUGAAACAUAUCGGCCAUGCGAAGUCUAACCAUCUCCGCCAGUGCAAUGGACUCUGUUCCUUAUUACCC